UGUCGUGAGCAGAAUCUGGCAACGCCAGCUAGGCCGUUCCAUGUAACCUCUUUUUCUUAGCCAGCGCAUUUGCUGAGUUCGUGGCUUUGAUGGACUGGUGAUUUUCUCCAAAUUUGUUCAAAGUCAGCCCGUUUUGAAUAUCAGAAGAGUUAACCACCAUGCCGGCGUAUUUCCAGCGCCCAGAAAAUGCUCUCAAACGAGCGAACGAGUUCCUCGAGGUUGGUAAGAAGCAGCCAGCCUUGGAUGUGUUGUAUGAUGUCAUCAAGAGCAAGAAACAUCGAACAUGGCAGAAGAUCCACGAACCCAUCAUGCUCAAAUACCUGGAGCUCUGUGUGGAUCUUCGGAAGAGUCACCUGGCCAAAGAAGGACUCUACCAAUACAAGAACAUCUGCCAGCAGGUUAACAUCAAAUCCCUUGAGGAUGUGGUGAGGGCAUACCUGAAACUGGCCGAAGAGAAGACGGAGACUGCCAAGGAAGAGUCCCAGCAGAUGGUCCUUGACAUUGAGGACUUGGACAACAUCCAGACCCCAGAAAGCGUGCUCCUGAGCGCCGUGAGUGGAGAGGACACUCAAGACCGUACGGAUCGCCUCCUGCUCACUCCAUGGGUGAAGUUCUUGUGGGAGUCAUACCGCCAGUGCCUCGACCUUCUGAGGAAUAACUCCAAAGUGGAGCGUCUGUACCAUGACAUCGCCCAGCAAGCGUUCAAGUUCUGCCUCCAGUACACCCGCAAAGCAGAAUUUCGCAAACUUUGUGACAACCUGCGUAUGCAUCUUGGUCAAAUCCAACGACAUCACAACCAGAGCACAGCCAUCAACCUGAACAACCCGGAAAGCCAGUCCAUGCACCUGGAGACGCGCCUGGUGCAGCUGGACAGCGCCAUAAGCAUGGAGCUCUGGCAGGAAGCCUUUAAGGCCGUGGAGGACAUUCACGGGCUGUUUGCUCUCUCAAAAAAGCCCCCAAAACCUCAGCUUAUGGCUAACUAUUACAACAAAGUUUCCACUGUAUUUUGGAAGUCUGGGAAUGCUCUGUUCCAUUCUUGCACCCUUCACCGACUUUAUCACCUGUCCAGAGAAAUGCGCAAGAAUCUGACACAGGAAGAGAUGCAAAGGAUGUCCACCAGAGUCCUCCUGGCCACACUGUCGAUUCCUAUCACACCGGAGCGCACGGACAUCGCUCGACUGCUGGACAUGGACGGCAUUAUCGUGGAGAAACACCGGCGGCUGGCCACACUCCUGGGCCUGCAGUCUCCGCCCACUCGCCAGAGUCUGAUCAAUGACAUGGUACGAUUUAAUUUGCUCCAGUAUGUUGUACCGGAAGUGAAAGAGCUCUACAACUGGCUGGAGGUGGACUUCCAUCCUCUGAAGCUGAGUGGAAGAGUGACCAAGGUUUUGAACUGGGUCAGAGAUCAGGCUGAGAAGGAGCCGGACCUGCAGCAGUAUGUCCCCCACCUGCAGAACAACACCAUCCUACGGCUGCUGCAGCAGGUUGCACAGAUCUACCAAAGCAUCGAGUUCAGUCGUCUGGCCUCCCUGGUCCCGUUUGUAGAUGCUUUUCAGCUGGAGCGCUCCAUUGUGGAUGCAGCGCGUCACUGUGACCUGCAGGUCAGAAUUGAUCACACCUCUCGAACUCUGAGCUUCGGCUCAGAUCUGAACUACUCGACCAAAGAGGAUUCUCCUGUUGGUCCGUUCCUGCAAAACAUGCCGUCAGAGCAGAUCAGGAACCAGCUGACGGCCAUGUCUUCUUCUUUGGCCAAAGCUAUCCAUGUCAUCAAACCCGCCUCCAUCCUGCAAGAACGUGAGGAGCAGAGCCAGCAGGCCAUCGCUGCAUACCUGAAAAAUGCGCGUAAGGACCACCAACGCAUCCUGGCUCGCAGACAGACCAUCGAGGAGCGUAAGGAACGUCUGGAGAGCCUGAACAUCCAGAGAGAAAAGGAGGAGCUCGAGCAGCGAGAAGCCGAGAUGCAAAAGGUACGCAAAGCGGAGGAGGAGCGUCUGCGGCAGGAGGCCAAAGAAAGGGAGAAGGAGCGCAUGAUGCAGGAGUGUGAGCAGAUCAAGAAGAAGAACGUCCGUGAGCGUCUGGAGCAGAUCAAGAAGACUGAGCUUGGUGCCAAAGCCUUUAAGGACAUUGACAUCGAGGACCUGGAAGAACUGGAUCCGGACUUCAUCAUGGCCAAACAAGUGGAACAGCUGGAGAAAGAGAAGAAGGAGCUGCAAGAGCGUCUGAAGAAUCAGGAGAAAAAGAUCGACUACUUCGAGAGGGCGAAGCGCGUGGAGGAGAUCCCUCUGAUCAUAAAGGCCUAUGAAGAACAACGUGUUAAAGACAUGGAGCUGUGGGAGCUCCAAGAGGAGGAGCGGAUCAGUAAUCUGAAAAUCGAGCGGGAGAAAGCCCUGGAGCACAAGAAACGCAUGUCCAGGAUGGUGGAGGACAAGGAGAACUUCCUGUCCAAAAUAACGGCUGCGCGGAGCUUCAUUUAUGAGGAAAAGCUGAAAGCAUUCCAGGCUCGUUUAAUAGAGGAGAGGAAGAAACGUCUGGAGGACAGGAAGAGACAGCGCAAAGAAGAACGCCGCAACACUUUCUACCGCCAGAAGGAGGAGGAGGCGCAGCGGAUCCACGAGGAGCAACUCAAGAAAGAACGUGAAGAGCGUGAACGCCUGGAACAAGAGCAGCGAGAAGAGGAGGAGCGGGAAUACCAGGAGCGUCUACGCAAGCUGGAGGAGCAGGAGCGCAAACAGCGCGCUCGCCAAAAGGAGAUAGAAGAGCGAGAGCGCCGCCGCGAGGAGGAGAGGAAGGGCGCUACAGAGGAGAAGCCCAGAGACUGGGGGGAGCGAGGAGAAAAGGAUGAGGGCGGCUGGAGGAAGCGCACAGAAGGAGGCGAUUCCGAGUGGCGCCGUCCUGUUCCUGACAGGGACUGGAGGUCUGAGGGCCGAGAAGAAGAAAAUGAAGACAGAGAAGCCUCCUCCCUGAGGAGAGAAGGUCCUCGCAGAGGCGGAGAUGACCGAGCGCCUCGCAGAGUCUUUGACGACGACCGAGGCCCACGCCGUGGCGCUGAUGAAGACCGUCCUCAGCGCAGAGGCAUGGAUGAUGACCGUGGCCCGAGGCGUGGCUUUGAUGACGACCGCGGCCCGAGGCGCGGUUUUGAUGAUGAUCGCGGCCCGAGGCGUGGCUUUGAUGACGACCGUGGCCCAAGGCGUGGCUUUGAUGAUGAUCGCGGCCCUAGGCGUGGUUUUGAUGACGACCGCGGCCCGAGGCGGGGCUUUGAUGACGACCGUGGCCCGAGGCGUGGCUUUGAUGACGACAGAGGUCCCCGUAGAGGGAUGGAUGAGUCUCGCGCUCCCAGGCGUGGGGCUGAUGAUGACUGGGGCCCCAGAAGAGGAGGAGAUGAGGAAAGAGGCAGUAGGAGGGGCAUGGAUGAUGGACCACGCCGAGGUGGCGAUGACGCCAAACCCUGGAAACCCCUUGGCAGACCAGGCGGCUGGCGUGAGCGGGAGAAGGCCAGAGAGGAGAGCUGGGGACCGCCACGCGGGGGGGCUAAUGAUGAAGGAGAUGAGGAAGACGGAGAUGACAGAACAAGCGAUCGCUUCAAAGAACGCCGCCCCUACAGAGAGGAGAACACCUGGAGGAGAGGAGGAACCGAAGAGGGAGGAAGCAGCUGGAGAGAUUCCCGCAAGGAGGAAAAUGACCGUGAUGAUCGCCGUGAUCGUCGUGAUCGAGACCGGCGGGAUGACCGUGAGAACAGACCUCCACCCAGAGACCCUGAAGAAGGUGGCUCGUGGCGCCGUGGAGGGGAGGAGAAGCGGGAGGAACGGGACCGGGAACGACCCCGUGAAAGGGAGCGUGAAGCUGAUGGGGAGCGAGGGGCUUGGCGUGCUGACAAAGAAAACCCCCGCCGUACUAAGAACGAGACCGAUGAUGAUGGUUGGACCACCGUUCGCCGCUGAACAUCAUCUGCUCCAUUUAUCAGCUGCCAGCUGAUACCUUUGCUACUAGCUUCUGACAAAUUAUCUGUAGACCGUUAGCUCUCCUAAGGAUGUGUUUGGUUCCUGAUCUUCAGCUGCAAUAACCCCUCAGCUUAUUUGAGAUGCUGUCUCGGCCUCCCAUGGUUUUUACCCUAAAAUAAACUUAAUGGCAAAUGCUUCAUGCUAAUGUGAUUUAUCAUCAAAUAAAAUCAUAUUCUGGACUAGACGGAAAAGUUCUGUAGGAGAUGAGUUUGACUGGUGUCCUUCUGUCCACUGAAUUUGACCUUAACCUCCAGUUACCCAGAAGUGAGAAGUUUGAUGUGCAUGCCUGAAAUCAAACCACUGUUCUUCUGUUUCACUGCAUUCAGAUAUUUGUGAGCAGAAAACAGCCUUUAUUAAUAAACCUUUGAUCUCUGA